AGCGGGCGCAGGCAAGAGCGGUCGUUGUCGUCACCUCCUUCGCGCCACCGCCCAUGCUCUACCGAAGCGCGCUGUUUCCUCCGCGUAUCGUGCACCGCUCCCUGCUCGACGCGCCGGCCGCGCCCUAGCUGGCCGCACCACCCCUUGACGGCUGCGCCCUAGCCGGCCAGCCCGACCUCGACGCCGCUCCCGCCGCGCCGGCCUGUUCUCACCAUAGCGCGCGGCCGCCGCCGCUCCCUACUCGACGCGCCGGCCGCGCCCGCGCCCUCCUCGACGGCUGACGCAGGCGAGCUCCAGCCGGACGGCCGCAACCGCCCCAUCGCGGACCUGCGCCUCGCCGCCGGACCGCCGGGAACCUGUCCUCUGCUUCCUCGACGCGGACCUGCUCCUCGACCUGGACGGCGAUUCUCCUUCUCUGACCUCGACUUCCCCUCCCUCUCCGACGACUCCCCGGCCGCCUCCGACCCUACCACGCCUCCGCUUCUGUCGCAGCAGCAGCAGCAGGGCACACACGCGCGGGAGACAGGGGAAAGAGGAGGGUGUGUGGAAGAAGAUGUCGUUGAGCUGUUCAUGCCAGUGAGGUGCUCGAUGAAAUUCCAAUGAGGUGAGGAAGAAGAAGGUGUGGUGGUAAGAGUAAGAGUACCUUUUUUCCUGAUGGAGGGUAAUCAUACACAUUUAUCCAGGCAAACAAACACUAUCCCACCCCCAGCCAGCCCCUACUUGGUCAGGCAAACAAACAACCCCAGUUGCAACUCCUGGGCUGCCUCUAGCUGCCCUUUAUCUCCAUCAUGACAUUCGAACUGGUUGAGGCUACAAGCUAUGUCACUGUUUUUUUUUGGGACAGCAGCAGUAAUUUUCAGAUGAACUUGAACCAAACACAUGCUCUGUUUGGAUGCACCAGCUAAAUUUUAUCUAGCUAAUUUUAGCUGGGGUGCAUCCAAACACUCCAUUCUAUUGGUAGCUAAAAGGCCUCCCAACUAAAAUUUAGCUCUAGCAAUUAGCUAGCUGGGUGCAUCCAACAUGCCCACAGUCUUCUUUCUCCCGUUUGCCCCGCGUGCGCACGCCCCCACACUCGUGUUCAGUGUGCGCAACUGGGUGACCGCCGUCACCGCCGCCCUAGACCAGGUCCCUGGUGCCCAGGUCUAACCGUGUCGGUCCCUUCGCCGGCGACGAGCACCCACUUCUCUUCCCUUUGUGCUGUGGUGUGCGAAACUGAGCAAGCGUCCUCCCCUCCAGUUUACACGCCGCCGCUGGCCCUCACGCUGUCAUUAUCUCCUCCUGCUCCGGCACCCGUCCUCACCAACGGCACUGCCGUGAGGCCAAGGCGAGCUUGUGCCAAAGCAGCCAAAGUGCCAAUGGCCACAAAUCGUAGAUAAUGUUUCCAGCAUUAGCUUGCUGCUCAUACACCGUCUUUUUGUCCUAUCUUCCCCUUGGUAGACUUUCCAAUUGUAUGAAAAAAGUGAAGUUUGCCCAGUGACCACAAAGCAUUUAUUCUGUAGAUUAUUUAGUGCAUUGGAAUCCUGCGCUAUGUUUGAAUUUGACUUAAAAAUUACGAAUUCGAAUGUUUUUGAAUUCUGUGCAGUAGAAACAUAAACUUUGAAUUGUUAUGAUGUGAAAAUUAAGCACAAGGGAAUAGAAAUAGAAGAAAUUAAAUAUAGGGAAAGAGGUCAUUGGUAAUCUACUAACACAGUGGCUCCAUAAAGUGCUGGAAAAGUUUUAAGGGGCUUCCAUAAAACAACUUCUAGGGGAGCGCUAUUGGCUGUUAUAAUAGUAGGAGAUAUGCGCGCCUUGUAGAAUCAUACAGAUGCUUGUUGAACAUGUGCCUUCGUCUCUCUGUGUGUGUCAACAAGAUGUUCUAGCAUCAACAAGACCCUCAUUAGCAUGCCCAGCUUCCAGACAAAGAGAGUAGAGCAACAAAAUGGAAGACCAUGGAAAAUCAGAUGGGUGGGAUGAAGUUCUAGAAGAAGAUGAUGAGUUAGCGAGUGUAUGCAAAUAUCCUAUUAGCACCUCAUUCCUCUCUUCUGGAACAAGCAGAAGGAGCAAAAGUGUAAAGAAGCCUAGAUUCUCAUUGCGAGGAUAUGAUUUUGUUCCAUUAGAUGUUAAGACUGAUGACUUAUGCACUGGGGGGCAAGGAGGUACCUCUGCAGUGCCAUCAACUAGAGCUUCACAAGCCAUGGUGGCUGAACGGUUGGAAAAUGUUGACGAACACACUGAAGAUUUGGCACUAGAGUUUGCCCUUCCAACCAAGAAAGAAAAUACUUCAGUUUCUGAGCUGCUAGAUAAUUUACAGCGUAGGAGUGGUUCUUUUGUCAGGACACCAUCUUUGUUGCACCAACAUGCUCCAAGCAUAUCAAUCAGGGAGCAGGAACUUUCAUCCGGAGUGCCACCAACUAAAGCUUCACAAGCUUUGAUGGAUGAACCGUUCAAAAAUGUCAAGGGACAAACUGAAGAUCUGCCAUCAGAGUUUCCCUGCUCGAUCAAGAAAGCAAAUCUUUCAGUUGCAGAACUUCUAGAAGAUCUACAGGGUAGAAGUGGCUCUUAUGUCGAGACAGCAUCUUUGUCACAUCAACACACCAGAACUAAACAUUGGAAGCCAAAACUCCUUUCUUCCGAGAAGAAAACACUAGCUAUUCUAGGAGACAGGAGUAUUGACAGUGAGGACCCCUUGGAGCAUGUAAUUGAUGGAACAUCUAGCGAGGAGGAAGAUGCUACUCAGAACCACUUGAAUUUGGUGAACAAAGAUGAGAACCAGCAAACUAUGGCUGACCUAUUCCAAGAAGUUUUCAAUCCAACAAACAUGGAUGGCGCCAUGAAUGCAAUGAGAUCAACAGGAGCUGGUAACUAUGGAAGAAUGCAACAGAUUAUGCAGAUGGAGAAAGAUUCACAUGCGGAGUUCUUGAGACGGUAUAGCAGAGAGCAAGGUUAUUCAGGUGAUUUAAAGGGAACUACUGUUCAGAUUAUGUCAAGGUCAUUGGAAGGAAAGCUAACAGUCUGCAGCUGCAUGUUCCAGGAAAAGAGUGAUGAUACCGCUAUAAGUAAUGCCUCAGCAGACAGAACCAUAGAUGAAAGCAGAACUAGGAGGACCAUUAUUUUCAGUCCAAAGAUAUGUGACAAUGUGGAUCUUCUGGUUGGAAACAUAAUCCAUAUCUUCCCACCAUGGAAAGAAGUUAAAAUACAAGAAGAACAUGUGAUUAUUUGCACCUACUUCUCGCACCACCGUACUUGAUACUCAGAUUUUUCAGUACUAGAAAGACCGAAAGCAUAACCUUCGACAGCCUAAUGUUGAUGUACUCGCAGUGUCUAUUCUGUUUGUUUUACAGUCACAAGUGUACUGGCUGCAAAGCUAGAGGCAGACCGCAAGCAUAACAGUUGCUGAUAGCCUAAUGUUGAUGUACUUACAGUGUCUAUUAUGUUUGUUUUACAAUCACAAGUUCCUGAGCGGUUGAUGCCUACUUUGCAACCGCAAGAAUAACCGUCGCUGGUAGCGUAAUGUUGGUGUACAGCAAUCGCAAGAAUGUAAAACAAUUGUCAGCAGGCUGAGGAGCCUUGCGCUUUAAACUCUAGUAGGAGCAUAGGUUCAUUUCGUGCUGAUGUCACCAUAAAAAAAGCAAAACAUUUAUUUGUAAUUGCUAAAAUUUCUAAACAGUGUAUCUAUUUUUAAUUCUGUUUACACCAA